AAGCUGACCUAAAUACUUCAAAAUAGUCACCUUGGACAACGCUUCCUAUCUCUCCUUCUCCUUGCCAUUCUAACCGUGUGAUCGUCUUCGCAUUUCCCUUUCGAAAUCAUUCCAAUAUUCCCUCCUGAACCGAGCAUUUUCCAUCAUGGGUGACAGCAACCAGACCACCACUCCCGGCUACGACCGCGCCGCCAACGCCCCCGAUGCGGCUGCUUUGGACAAGGGCAAGGGCAAGGCUACCCAGCCUAGCCAUGAAGAAAACUUGGAGGAAGAUAGUGAUGAGAGCGAGAAUGAGGAGAUGCUCGAAGACGUCGAAGAAGAUGACGGUGACGACCUGGAGCCGAUCUCUGCGGACAACAUCAUUUCGGGAGGCCGCCGGACACGCGGCAAGACCGUUGACUACCAGGCAGCAGCAGAGAAGUUGAGGGCCGACAACUUGGACGAGGAUGACGAGGAUGAUGAUGAGGACUACGUUGGUGCGGACGAGGAUGAGGAUACCGUCAUGCGCGGCUGAAAUACACGAUCUCUUAAUGGCUCGGACAAAACUAGCACAACACAAUCAACAUAGGGGCGGCGAGUGCGAAUGGGCAAUUGGCUGACAGGCGCAGGCAGGAUAUUGGCGGUCUUCAUAGGGUUCGUUAAGGUCGGGU